AUGUCCCAGGACCAUCCCAAAGAUCUCGGGUUGGAGCUGCUUUGGCACCAGCCCGAUCCGGCCCUAAGGUCCGCUCGGUUGAUCCGAAAAGGACGCGUUCGGAGCGGCACCCUGCCCGCAACCGGCGCAUGCGAACUUCGAAGAUCGGUGUUCAUAUGCAAUAUGAAGAACUAUGGAUUGCUGCGGCGCCACGCCUACCCCUUGCUGAGGAAUCGGAUAGGUUUAAUUUGCCGGGCCACCCGUACGCCGGAUCGGAACCACCACCCUUCAAGACUUCAAGGCCUUCAAGAUCAACAACUUCCGAUCCUACCAAUGGCCGUCACCACCAAGAAGAACCUACCCCGAAACCGGGCCAUCGGGCCUCACGUCAACCGACUUAGCAAAUCGCAGUUGUACUCCAAGAAGGCUCUUUACAAACGUCCUCACAAGCCGAUCCCGAGCACCAAAGCGCCAGAGGUCGACUAUGCUGCCACCAAGACCGUGAAGGUUGGCGGUGCUAAAAACGGCGGUGAACGUCUUGUUCCCGUACACAAGGCUCCCCGUUUCUACCCCACUGAAGUGCAAUCGAAGCCCAAGAAACCCCGCAAAGCCCACCGUGCUCCGGGUCUUCGCUCCACAUUGACACCCGGCACUGUUGUUAUCAUCCUUGCCGGUCGGUUCCGUGGCAAGCGUGCCGUAUUCCUGAAGCAACUUGAAAGUGGCCUUCUCAUGAUCUCCGGCCCCUUCAAGGUCAACGGUGUUCCCCUGAGGCGUGUCAACCAAGCUUACGUUAUCGCCACACAAACCAAGGUUGAUAUUUCCAAAAUCAAGCUUGAUGAAAAGUUCAACGACGCUUACUUCGCCAAGGAGAAGAAGACCCGAGACCAACGAGCCAAAGCCAAGGAAUUUUUUGCUGAAAACGGCGAGCGGGAGAAAAAGAAAUGCCCUGAUGGCCGAAUUGCUGACCAAAAGACCGUUGAUAAAUCGCUCAUUGCCGCCAUCGCACAAACCCCUGUUCUUGCCAAGUACUUGGCCACACCUUUUGGCUUGUCUAACGGCGACUUCCCUCACCGCAUGAAAUUCUGA